AUGCAUGCACAAUUCUCAAAAUUGAAUUUUUUCAAAUAUGUGAGUCUGCCCACUCCCUUUUGCAUAGAAUCGAUUGUUCUCCGACACGCAUAUAAAAGAAGAUCAAUUUCCCCAUAUCAUGCUUCAUUCAGGUCUGGUUUUUCUUCUUCUUUCCUCACUAAGAAAACAUUUUCUACAAUGUCUACUAUCCCAAAAACUCAAAAAGCUGUCAUCUUUGAAACCAACGGUGGUAAAUUGGAAUACAAAGAUAUCCCAGUUCCAACUCCAAAGGCCAACGAAUUGUUGAUUCACGUCAAAUACUCUGGUGUUUGUCACACUGAUUUGCACGCUUGGCACGGUGACUGGCCAUUGGCUACCAAAUUGCCAUUGGUCGGUGGUCACGAAGGUGCUGGUGUCGUUGUCGGCAUGGGUGAAAACGUUAAAGGUUGGAAAAUUGGUGACUUCGCCGGUAUUAAAUGGUUGAACGGUUCUUGUAUGGCUUGUGAAUUCUGUCAACAAGGUGCUGAACCAAACUGUGCUGAAGCUGACUUGUCUGGUUACACCCACGAUGGUUCUUUCCAACAAUACGCCACUGCUGAUGCCGUCCAAGCUGCUAAAAUCCCAGCUGGUACUGAUUUAGCUAAUGUUGCUCCAAUCUUGUGUGCUGGUGUCACCGUUUACAAAGCUUUGAAAACUGCCGACUUAUCUGCUGGUCAAUGGGUUGCUAUCUCUGGUGCUGGUGGUGGUUUAGGUUCUUUGGCCGUCCAAUACGCUGUUGCCAUGGGUUUGAGAGUCUUGGGUAUUGACGGUGGUGAAGAAAAAGGUGACUUUGUCAAAUCCUUGGGUGCCGAAGUUUACGUUGAUUUCCUUAAAGAAAAAGACAUUGUCGGUGCUGUCAAGAAAGCCACUGAAGGUGGUCCACAUGGUGCUAUCAACGUCUCUGUCUCUGAAAGAGCCAUUGACCAAUCCGUUGAAUACGUUAGACCAUUGGGUAAAGUCGUUUUAGUCGGUUUGCCAGCUGGUUCUAAGGUCACCGCCCCAGUUUUCGAUGCUGUUGUCAAAUCCAUUGAAAUUAAAGGUUCUUACGUCGGUAACAGAAAAGAUACUUCUGAAGCCGUUGACUUCUUCUCCAGAGGUUUGAUCAAAUGUCCAAUCAAGAUUGUUGGUUUGAGUGAAUUACCAGAAGUCUUCAAAUUGAUGGAAGAAGGUAAGAUCUUGGGUAGAUACGUUUUGGACACUGCUAAAUAA